CAGUCGGGGAAUGUAGUCAGUUCGUCCUGCGAAGUUUCCUGUGACACAUUCUCCUCUGGGCUCCUGGAGGCAUGGAGGCAGCGGAGCUUCCUCUGUAGGGACGCACGGUGCGAGCGGCUGGAAGCUGAACGGUUGAUGUCCCAUAUCUGAAAAUCUACAUCCUCGCCCCUGUAUCACUGUGGUUUAGACCUGGGACAGACAGCACCACGAUCCUCAAAACCUCCUAUACUAGCCUCAAGCCGCAAUGUCCUAGCUAACAGCUGCCCCGCUCCCUUCCCCAAUCACCCUGUUCCUUCAAACCCAAUCCCUCUCCCCCCUCCGCUCUGCCUCAUCUCCUCUCCUGAUGUGGUAAUUUCCGGUGCUAACACCAACACAGCCCCUUCUUGCACGAUGAGCAGCCUGCACCAGCAACAUCAUGGCAGCACAGGCUCCGAGCGAGAUCUUCAAUCGGCCACCUCCUCUGUCAGCCUCCCUUCGAUUAGAAAGACCCCCAAGAAGCGCCGUCUGUCCCUACACGCGCUGUUUGGUCGGCGGCGGCGUCCAACCAGCGACCCCAAGUUCAAACCCAGGCCUCUGCAGACUGGAUCUGGAGUGGACCCCGUUGUCAGCACUGAAGUUGUGCAGUCAGAGACCUUCCAAGACAAAACCUCAGAACACUCUUUACCGGGCGUAGCGUCGACUUCAUCAGUGUCAAUAUCGGAGCACCUGGAGUGCCCCCUGUGCCUGCUGCGCCAUGUACGCGACCGCUUCCCCGACAUCAUGACCUGUCCCCAUCGCUCCUGUGCGGACUGCCUGCGACAGUACCUGCGCAUUGAGAUCUCAGAGUCUCGCGUCAACAUCAGCUGCCCCGAGUGUGCAGAGCGCUUCAAUCCUCAUGACAUCCGCAUGAUCCUGGGAGACAGAGCCCUCAUGGAGAAGUAUGAGGAGUUCAUGCUGCGGCGGUGGCUCGUGGGUGAGCCUGACUGCCGCUGGUGUCCUGCCCCGGACUGUGGUUAUGCAGUCAUUGCGUUUGGCUGUGCCAGCUGCCCAAAGAUCACCUGUGGACGUGAGGGCUGCGGGACAGAGUUCUGCUACCACUGCAAACAGCUGUGGCAUCCCAACCAGACGUGUGACUCGGCACGGCAGCAGCGGGCCCAGCACCUCCGGCUGAGGAGUUUCCGGUCCUCGUCCCUCAGCUACAGCCAGGAGAGCGGAGCCGCAGGUGAUGACAUCAAGCCAUGUCCUCGGUGCGCCGCCUACAUCAUCAAGAUGAAUGAUGGGAGCUGUAAUCACAUGACCUGUGCUGUAUGCGGUUGUGAGUUUUGCUGGCUCUGCAUGAAGGAGAUCUCUGACCUGCACUAUUUAAGUCCGUCAGGCUGCACCUUCUGGGGAAAGAAGCCCUGGAGCAGAAAGAAGAAGAUUCUGUGGCAGCUCGGCACACUGGUCGGAGCUCCUGUGGGUAUCGCCCUUAUUGCCGGCAUCGCCAUCCCCGCAAUGAUCAUUGGCAUCCCAGUCUAUGUGGGCAGGAAGAUCCAUAACCGCUAUGAGGGCAAGGACAUCUCCAAGCACAAGAGGAACCUGGUGAUCGCAGGCGGUGUGACGCUGUCUGUGAUCGUGUCGCCUGUGGUCGCUGCCGUCACUGUCGGCAUCGGGGUUCCCAUCAUGCUGGCUUAUGUCUACGGAGUGGUUCCCAUCUCACUGUGUCGGAGCGGCGGCUGUGGAGUGUCCGCUGGCAGCGGCAAAGGGGUGCGAAUCGAGUUCGAUGACGAAAAUGACAACAUCGGCAGUGGAGCUGCAGCCACAGACACGACCUCGGUGGCAGAGACGCGGCUCAACAACCCGAGCCUCGGCGAUGGUGCGAGCGUCGGCGGCCUGACGGGCCUGAGCCUCAGCGUCAGCGGGAGCCACAUGGAGCGCUGCGGCAUGAGCUCGGCCCAGCGGGACAACAUGAGCGACAACGCCAGCACCACAGCGCUCGCCGGGACCAGCAUCACUGGCAGCCUGUCGGGCAGCUGCUACAACAGGAUGGAGGUGCAGGCUGACGUGCAGAAGGAGCGCUGCAGUCUGAGCGGCGAGUCGGCCACCGUCAGCCUCGGGACGAUCAGUGACAACGCCAGCACCAAGGCCAUGGCAGGAUCCAUCCUCAGUGCCUACAUGCCUCUGGAAAGAGACAAUAGUCUGGAGGUUCAGGCCGACGUGGAGUCCAAGCAGGAGAAGCUGAGACACUCCAGCGCCAGCAGCAGCCUGGAUGACACUAGCUGUAGCAGUAGCGCGGCUGGUCUCAAAGGAGCUGGCGGUGGCCCGUGUUCAUGUCCCUCCACCUGCUGCUGCGCUCAGCAAGACAACCACAGCUGCCCCUCACCUCCCUGGAUGAAGGAGCCCUCCAUGUCGGGGGGCAAAAAGAGCAAAGGGAAGCUCUGGAAAAGAGCCAGCGGCAGCAAAGCAGAAAGAAGAAUGAAUGAAAUGCAAGGAGAUAUGGAUGCUCAGCUCCUGGAGCGGCGCAGCAUCAAUUCCUCUGAGUUCGAUUCCCCAUCCCUGAGCGGCAGCCUGCCCUCGGUGGCCGACUCGCACUGCAGCCACUUCUCGUCCGAGCUCAGCUGCUCAGACCUCGAAACCUCAAGACCAGCCCAUCCCCUCUGCUCCGCCCCCAUGGACCCCCACGCUCAUCUCGCCGCUGCCGCCGCCUUCAUCGACGUCGCCCUCCCGCCCAUGCCUGAGGUGGAGAACGACCGCCUGGAGCACUGUCCCUCUCAGAGCAACCACGUGGCCUUCACCCACCGCCUGCUGUCCGCUUCUCCACCCGCUUCGCCAAAAGAGGGAAGCAGCGGGACGUUUCUGUACAUCAGCGAGGAGAACGUUGGUGCCACCGCGGACCCGGAGGUGGAAGAGAGCGCGACCGAGGGCAGCAACAACACUGCAGCAGAGCCUGAGAGCCCGACGAGGAAUCACUGUGUACAAACAGAUAUCUGAGGCCGGGUCACCGCUGCUCGCUCAGUUAUCAGCCUUAUCACCUAAUUUCACUCUUAAAAACCGAAGCAGCCGAUUCUUCUUUGGAAGCUGGUGGGCGAGUUUAAUGUAAUACGAUAUUUUGGAAUAUGACGUGAAUGUGAGACUUUUGAGGUGGAGAGAGAUUUGUGAAUAACCAAGUGAGCAGGAGCACAGUCAAGUCAAAGCAGGUGGUUUAGUGCCAUUUAGAGGCACGGUGUGUGAAGCUGGGGCAGCACGGCCUAUAGGAGGUAGGGCUGAAUGUAUGUGGACAGGUGAGAAGCAGGUUAUCAGGGUGGUGAGAUACUACAGGAGGCGGUUAAUCUACCCAGCUAUUCCCUGAAUUAUUGUCUGAAUCCAGCUUAUUACCCCUUUCUCAUACCUGGAAGAAAAGCUGCAGAGCAAGUCAAACAUCUGAUAUUCCUUUCAAAAGUAAACUGAGCUGCUAUUAUAAAUAAAACAUCACCGGCUUUUCUCCUUCGUCACACCUGCAAAAGUCUGAUUCCCUCCAGGGUAUUUUGCUUGAAUCAGGGAGGGAGACGCCAUCACUGUGGUCCACCGCUGUGCCACCGCUUCAUUCUGUGACUUCUUAAUGGUGAGAAACACCACAGGUUAAAGGAUCGUUCGACCCUCUGUCAACUCGAGGCUCUAAACCUCAACCUGAGCGGGACCAGUCCGUACAGUAGCAUAUUGUAUUUUUUCCAUAAUCAUCUAUAAAGAAGUGAUUAUUAUUAUUGCUUUUGUUUUAAAAUGUGACUCAUAUGUUCUUGGUCUAUGUUUUUGCUUUAUUUUCCAUUUUGGGAAAGUUGGUUUUUAAUGUUAAAGCCCUUUGUUGGGUCCAGUAAAAGUGGUUUUGAGUAAAAUCGGGCGGGAAUUAAGUUGAAAGACUUAUUUGAAGUUAGUUCUUAGACUCUGAAGAGGUAAAAAAUAUUUGUGGUUGCAAAUGUAACCAAUAUUUCACUACAUUUAUUUUUCACAGACAUUUUAAGUAUUUCAAUUAAUUUGAGAGGCGUAUUAAAAAAAAUACCAGUUACAUUAUUCCUUUUAAACUGAGAAAUGCAAAACACAAACCCGUCUUUAUAGUAGUGUAGCAUUUCUUGAACAUACCUUAAACUGGAACUCUGUCCAAGCGACAUGUAUUUGCAAUAAGAAAAUAAAGCUUUCAAGAUGUGUCCGAUCAAAGAACCACAUCUAGACUUAUUUCCAAAAAACUGUUUCUUGUUCCACGAGAAACUCUUCUUUAGUGUUAGAGCACAUACAUCUGUCAGUGGUUUAAUAUUCACUAAUGAAUGUACAGUAAUGUUAUAACUUUGAUUCUCCCUUAUUAACAUCGGAAUCAAAAUAUAAUUUUUUUUAAUCAGACCGCCGGUCUUUUCUUAAUGAUUGAUGCAAAUAAUUUUGUAUUUGAUAUCUGUUGGACCCACAGUGCCUUUUCAAGGGGAGGAAUCCUUUGUAUUCUGUUUUUAUUUUUUACUUUCAUUUCCUCGUUCUUUGUGUCUUCAAAUGAUAAACAUAAAAAUCAUAAGAAAAUGACAAAUAUGAAAAGGUUUUCCAUUAAAUCCACUUUAAUACAGUAUGACUUCAGUCCAUUAAGUAAAAAAAAAAAAAAAAAGACACCAGCUGAGCCGACAAUGCAUCAGUGGAGUGAAAUCUAGUUUGGGGCAUUACUUUAAAUCUUACCACCAAAAAGUGUGGAGAACGUUUCUCUUAAGUAGCCAAAGUCUCAGAGUCGGUAGAGGCAAUAAACCCAAACCAAGUUGCAGCAUAAACAUCUGAAUGAGGUGAACUAAACUACUUCUGUGUUCAGCAGCUGCAGGAAAUUCCCACCUCAUUUAUGUGAAUGAAAAAAAAUUGAAAUUCCAGUGAGCUUUAUAUUAUUAUUUGAAGACGAUUACCAGGUCUAUUUUUUAACUUGGUCAAAAUCAGCGUAUGCUAUUUCGAAAAGUAUAUAUUUCCUAAUUAUUUGCUUUAUAAUGUGCAUGUUAAUGCAUAUACUUAAACAAUAAAAUCCUCAAUCAAG